ACCUCUGAACGUAUGGCUUAGGCUAACUGAAGUAGAUCUACAACUCCCAAAAUUGAUAUUCGGUGUAAUAUUUUGUUGUCACAGAUUUGUAUAUCAAUAUGAUUCUGGAUCAAGUUGAAGCACUCAAAGUUUGGCUCACGAAUAAGCUGUCACCGAUUUGUGAUGCAGAGCCAAUUGCCCUCGCUAAGUAUGUAUGUGCCCUGCUCAAGAAAAAUAAGCCAGAGCAAGACUUGAAGGAUAUUUGCAUUGAUCAGCUGGACGUUUUCUUGCAACUGAAGACAAAGCCGUUUGUGGAUGAGUUGUUUGAGGCUCUCCACUCCAAGGCCUAUAUUCCUCCUGAAAGUGAAACCAACAAGCCUCGGCCAGCCUCAGUGGCUGCCAGCAAAAAUGACAAAAGCCCUGCCCAAGGGGGAGAGAAAGACAAGGUUGAUGGACCACGCAAAAAGUCGACAGAGCAAAUUUCCUCCUCUACUGAUGGCAAAGACACAAGCUCUGUGGUGACCACUCAAGCUUCCUCCACACCAAGCACAGUAACAGCUGCCUCUGGCACCAAAGACACUGCUCUGUUUCCACACUUAGCCAAAGACUCAACGAAAGAACCGUCAAAGGACUCCAGGGACGCUGGUCCUCGAUCCGGCUCUAAAGAAGGGCGGGACAAAGAUCGAGACCGCGACGUCGACAGUUCGAGGGACCGGCGGGACUCGUGGAGAGAUGAGAAAAAGCAGAACGACAUCAGAGACGCGCGGGACAUCAUCAGAGAGAGGGGAGAGAAUCGAGACAAAGGGGACACACGGGAAGUGCGAGAGCCCCGGGACCGUGAAGUGAGAGAUCGGGAUCGGGACAGAGACUUUAGGAGGAGGAGGACGAGGAGCAGGAGCUUCAGCCCUCGUCGACGGGAUUAUGAUGACCGACGGAGGAGAUACGACGAACGUCCAAGGUACUCCCCAGACCGCAGGUGGGGCCGACGGCGCAGCUGGUCUCGCAGUCCUAGAAGAAAUAGGUCGCCGCUGGACAGGGGACCAAGAGCAAGGUCACGGAGCCCACGUCUUAGGUCCCGCAGUCCUCGACUGGAUCGGUAUAGGUCAUUUAGGUCUAGAUCCAGGUCAAGGUCACCUCGUCCAGCAAGGUCAUGGAGUAGACCACCCAGUGCCAAUCGCUUCAGAUCCCGCUCUCCAUCGAAUAUCCGCCAGCCAGACAGCCGAGGCUCCACGCCCACUCAGGACAACGACUACUCCACCCUCAUCUCCUCCUCCACCAAUGACCUGCCUGCUGUCACCAGCACCGUUGGUUUGCGGCCGGUCGGGGAGGACGGCCGGAUGGUUCCGGUCGUCGACGACGCCAGGCGCCCUCCGCCUUCUGUCACAGUUGGUGGCAAGGCAAGGUGUCAGGACUUUGAAGAGAAAGGCUACUGUGUCCUUGGGGACGUGUGCCCGUACGAUCACGGCUCUGACCCAGUGGUGGUGGAAGAUGUCUCCAUCCCUGGUACCCUGCCCGUCUCAACUGCCUCUGGUGCUUCUGCUCCCCCGGGCGGCCCUGGCUUUGUGCCCCCCGACCUGCGAGUGCCCCCUCCAGGCCACCUCGGUAUGCGCAUCAAUAUCCGCGGGGCGCCCCCACCACACGUUGAGCCAUACAUGCCUGAGGCCCCGGGCUUACAGGGACCCCCGAGACCUCCCUUCCUGCGUGGUCCGGUGCCUGACCUCCGCCACCCUCCCCCGGGGAUGAUCCUGAACCGUCCGCCUCCACCUGACCAGUUCUUCCCCCAGAGGAGAGAGGUCGUCUUAAAUAAUCGCCUUGAGCCUGCUCUUGAAGAAGAUCUGCUGGACACCCUGGCCUCAGAGAAGGAGCCGUCGCGCAUCGUGAUCCCAGCCAAGAGGCCGUACAGCGCCAUCGACAACGACCCGAGCUCCGUCCACCUGGGCCCCCCUCCCCCCCGCAUGGCCCACGUGAACCAGCACCACCACAUGUUUGCUGGCCCCCCGCCCCCCAUGGUGCAGAAACCACCCAUGCUGCAGCAGCCUCUGCCCGUCCCUCUAGGGCCCCCGCCCAUGAAGAGAGGCUUUGACUUCAACAGGCUAGGAAAUCGUGGUGGCUUCAGACCUCAAGGUCCCCGUCAGCCUUUCAAAACCGGCAAUCUCACGUUGGAAGUCCGGAAGAUUCCCGCUGAGAUGAACAACAUUGCCAAACUCAACGAGCACUUCGGCAAGUUCGGAACGCUCACAAAUAUACAGGUGAAGUAUCAGGGUGACACGGGAGCUGCCCUCAUCUCUUUCUCCAACAAUGGCGAGGCCACUGCAGCGUACCGCAGCCCCGAGCCCGUGUUCAACAACCGCUUCAUCAAGCUCUUCUGGCACAACCCGGAGCGCGCCGCCGAGUUUGACAUGGAAAAGGAAGUGGGCGGCGCUGGUGGGGCUAAGGAAGCUCGUGACGUACUCAUGCAGUCGACGACGCGCACAGGGGGCCGUGUUGGGGAUGGGAUUGACCACCCGUCCUUGAUGCUGCCGGUGCGCCCCACAAUCCCGCCGGCCCACAAGCUGCAGCUGGACAACACCAAGCCCAAGGCUGAGCCGGCUUCUCUCACAGCUGCUGGAGACAUGGCCACACCUACCUCUGCCCCCGCCGAAAAGUCGAUUGUGUACACCUCAUCGGUGGGGAACCUGAAGAAGACGGUGUUUAACCCAUCGGCAGCCGUCCCGUCCCCCACCAGUCCUACCGCAGCGGCCGCUAAAGGGCCGGCUCCUUUCAUCAGCCCCACCGCUGUGAAGACAGCCGACUACGUGUCCAGGAUGGAGGCCAUCAAGAGAGCUGAGGAGGAGAAGAAGGUGGCCACUGUGAAACAGGCUGAGUUGGAUCAAAAACGACAAGAAUUGCUCGCCAAACAAAUUCAGCACCAGAAGGUCUUGCUGGAUGCUUUGGACAAAAAGAAAGCGACAAUGAGUGAAACGGAGAAAAAGAGCAUGCUACAGACACUGCGGACGAUAUCAGAUGCCAUCGACAAAGUCAAGUACGGAACGGGCACGAAGAAACCUGCCACCAGCGCCCAUCAGGCUCCCAAACCUGCACAGUUCAAAUACGUCAGUCAGGAGCAGAAUCGCAAAGAGCAGCUGGACAGAGAACUGGAUGUCCUGAGCAAGCAAAAGCGUGGAGAAGACGUCAGUACCUUCAGGGCAGCCCCAGCGCCUUAUGGCAGAGGUCGUGGCUGGGCUGGAGGUCGCGGGGGGUGGGGCGUGCGAGGAAGAGGCCGGGGCGUGGGGCCUGUGGUCGGUCGCACCUACCUGGACAACCGGCCCAAGACUCUGGAGGUGAAGGGCUUUGAGCUGCACGAACUGGAGGAAGUCACGGCUCAUUUCCAGAAAUUUGGGGAAAUCGACAAAGUAGAUCCUAAGGAGGAAGUUCCCAGCGCAUUCUUUACAUUCUCCACAAGGCAAGCUGCCGAGAUGGCUGUGUCGCAGGGGGCAAAGUUCAACCAGAAGACGCUUGUUGUGCGAUGGAACCAGGUCACGCCCAAGAUCGACCGCACAGAAUCCACACAGAGCUCAGAGGUGGAUGAAGAUCUGUCCAUCACUCUGGGCUCCCUGGACGACGAGUCGCUGCUGGGUAUGAGCGGUGACGAGAAGUCCCGCACGGGCACACCCACCUUGAGCAUCGGCUCGCAGCAGGAAGCAGUUCCUCAGGACGCCGACCUGGACACGGGUCUGGAUUCUCUGGCCGGGGACUCGCGGGCAGUCAUCGAGGAGAACGCGGGGACGGUGGCGGCGGAGGUGGGGAUGGGCAAGGAGAAAUCAUCGACGACGGUCUCCUACAUGCGCAGCAUGAGCGACGAUCUGCUGCUGGGCGAUGAGCACUUCAAGGCCAGCUACACGGACGAUGAAGAAGACGAGGAAGACCACAUCACGGUGACGCUGUCCAACACCACCACGCCCGGCACUGCCAUGCCCCUCUACGCGGGCGGGAAUACCGGCGGGGUGGGGGGACGGGAGGAUGAAAGGGACGUCACGGAGCUUGGGGGAGGGGAGGAGGGGGAGGAUGUGUUUGGUGCUGUCGGUGGGGAGGAGGAGGACGAGGAGGACCUGGCUAACCUGGAGGACACAGCGCUGGACUACACGGAGGACGCCGGGUCCUGGUCCUGAGGGAUGGAGUUAUGGUUUAUGAUAAGUGCAUGUUGGUACUUUGCUUGUUAGAAGUGGAAGUUGAUACUUUGUCUGCUUAUUAUAUGUGUUACUGCAGGAUGUACCGUAAACUUAACAUUAACCCUAUCUGUACGCCGUGAGGUAAUUUUGUACCCCCGGGGUUGUAUUCUUCACAUUUUAGA